UUGACAAAAACAUCUGGUCAAUCUACAGUCGACAAUCGGCGGCGAGAAAUGGCUACGCAAGUUCUGCCGCAGCGGGAGGCGGACGGAGAGAUCCGAUCGCCGUCGACGAAGACGAGAGGAGGCGGAGGAGAGGGACUUAGGCAGUACUAUUUGCAGCACAUACACGAUCUGCAGCUUCAGGUUCGGCAGAAGUCCCACAAUCUCAACCGUCUCGAGGCGCAGCGCAACGAUCUCAACGCGAAAGUUAGAGCAUUGAGAGAAGAGUUGCAAUUGCUGCAAGAGCCAGGAUCAUACGUCGGCGAAGUUGUCAAAGUUAUGGGAAAGUCCAAGGUUUUAGUCAAGGUUCAUCCCGAAGGAAAAUAUGUUGUUGAUGUGGAUAAGAAUAUUGACAUAACAAAGAUCACGCCAUCAACCAGAGUUGCUCUUCGCAAUGAUAGCUAUGUGCUUCACUUGAUUUUACCUAGCAAAGUAGAUCCUUUGGUUAAUCUUAUGAAAGUCGAGAAGGUUCCUGAUUCUACUUAUGAUAUGAUUGGUGGCCUUGACCAACAAAUCAAAGAGAUAAAAGAGGUUAUCGAGCUCCCUAUCAAACAUCCGGAGUUGUUUGAAAGUCUUGGAAUAGCGCAACCAAAGGGAGUUUUGUUGUAUGGACCACCUGGUACUGGAAAGACGUUACUGGCAAGGGCUGUCGCUCAUCAUACUGAUUGCACCUUCAUUCGGGUUUCUGGCUCUGAAUUGGUUCAGAAGUACAUUGGAGAAGGCUCUAGAAUGGUUCGCGAACUUUUUGUUAUGGCAAGGGAACAUGCUCCUUCGAUCAUCUUCAUGGAUGAAAUUGAUAGUAUUGGUUCUGCUAGAAUGGAAUCUGGAUCUGGCAAUGGGGACAGUGAGGUGCAGAGGACUAUGCUCGAACUUCUCAAUCAGUUGGAUGGAUUUGAAGCUUCAAAUAAGAUAAAAGUUCUUAUGGCCACUAAUAGGAUUGAUAUUUUGGAUCAAGCUCUGCUCAGGCCUGGUCGUAUCGAUAGAAAAAUUGAGUUUCCUAACCCCAACGAAGAGUCCCGCUGGGAUAUUCUGAAAAUUCAUUCAAGGAAGAUGAACUUGAUGCGUGGAAUUGAUCUAAAGAAAAUUGCUGAGAAAAUGAAUGGUGCUUCUGGUGCGGAGCUCAAGGUAUCAUUCAUGUUCUCCUCUUCCGCAUUAUAAUAGAGUGCUGCUAUA